AUGGAAGCAGACAAUCUUGAAGCUUUACAAAAGAUGUUAGAAGCUGACUCCCCUCUGGUGAGCGAACAAAAAAAUUUGUUAGCUUAUGGAGGGUUAAUUUUAUUUUAAAAAUUAUGUAUGUAAAUUUUUUUUCGAAUUUUAAAAAAGCUCAAUUCAAGAAAGUGGAAAACAAAAAUUAAUUUAAUCAGUCUUAAAAAUAGAAAUUUAAUAGAUUUAGCAAGAGAUUUCAUUACUAACUAUCGCUAUAUAUCAAAAUAUUUUUAUAAUAAAUUUGUAUAAAGAAAAAAUUAUUUUUCUAGGAGAUUUUUCCAAUGGUUUUGAUCGCUUACGGAUGAGAGGAGUGAACAGAAUAAAAAUAAAAACCUUCAAGAUCAACUUAGAAUAAAAGAUGAAGAAAGUCAACGAUUUGUAAAUUUUACUCAGAAGCAUCAACUCUUACAAGGCGCUUCAGGAGUCUCUACUGAUCUCGCAAGAAGACUAAGGGCACUUCAAAGGGAAAAAGAGCUAUUUUUGAGUUCUCUUGAAAGAGAAGAAGAAACUAUCACAAACAUAAUUUAUAGAUCUCUAGAAAAACUAAUGCAAGAUCAAAAUAACAUAGAGCACACUUUGAAUCAGGAGCAAGAAGAAAUAAUUAAUGCAAUGUCUAAACAAUUAGCUCAAGAGUACACAGAGCAAGAAAUAUUGUAGUUUUUACUUACAACUACCACUAGCAGUGAUAGAUAUGGUCAUAGUAAAAUGCAAAAAAUAUAUAUGUGAGCUAUCUAUGAAAUUAAUGAAUAAAAAAAUUAUUCUAAUAGAGGCGAGAUUAGUGAACUUCGAUUUCGAACCGAUGCACAAAAUAGAAGCCGAUCUGUUAGUGAUGUAGACUCUACAAAAGAAGGAGAGAAUACAGUAGAAGAUGUAAUAACUGACUCAAGUUUCAGCAGCGACAGCGAAAGUGCAGGGGGAUUUAUAAGUGAGGAAAAAAGAAAAAUCAGGAUAAUGGAGUCAGAUCUGCAGAGAAUUAAACAGCAAAUGAGAAUGGCAAAGAGGGAAGUCAGGAAAUAUAAACACAUGUAUGAAAAAAUGCUAGAAACUCAACAAAGAUUAAUGAAAGAAAAUUAUGAUUUAGGGCAAAAGAUUGCUCAGAGCGAGGGCGAAGGGGACACAGAUAGAAGUGAUUUAUCGUUCGAAAGCUGCUCAAGCAGAAGCGUCGGGUGGUUUGAUGGAUCGCAAGAAUUGCCACCAAUAAAUAGAAAAGAUAUUAUUGAGCCAAAGAAGAAAUAA